AUGUCGGACAAAGAUGCGGCCACGCCUCGAUUGUUCCUGAUACGCCACGAAUCAUUAUGGACCUGGAAUAAGCCGUCGCUGUUCUUACCCAAAAGAGUCGUUGCUGUCGUUGUUGCCGCCCCCGUCUUUUCGACUCACACGAGCCACUUCUUCCUAGGUGAAACGGAGUGGUCCCGUAAUGGCCGCUACACCGGAAUCAGCGACAUCCCUCUCCUACCCGAAGGCGAGGAGAAAGUCCGCCAGACAGCCUCGGUCGUCUUCGGUGGUGGACGAUUGAUCGACCCCAGCAAGCUCACAUCUAUCAUCUGCAGCCCGAGGAAACGCGCACGACGAACACUCGAAAUCCUACUGGAGCAGAUACAAGAUGCCGUCACGAAGGAAACGCUCGAAAGAAAAACGAAUGUCACCGAGGAGAUUGCGGAAUGGGGUUAUGGCGACUACGAGGGCCUCUAUACCCGUCAGAUCCAAGAGCUCCGCAAGUCGAGAGGUCUCGACAAGGAACGGGCCUGGGAUAUUUGGCGAGACGGGUGUGAAGGGAGCGGAGGAGAGUCGGCGGCACAAGUGCAAGCACGCCUCGAUGGGCUGAUUUCGCAAAUCACGUCAAUUCACCAGGAAGCGUUGGAGAAAGGCGACCGGAAAAGUGAUGUCGUUGUGGUAGCGCACGGCCACAUAUUGAGAGCGUUUGUCAAGAGGUGGUUACAGUUCGACAUGGGCGCCAGGCUGGAGUUGAUGCUGGAGCCGGGAGGCGUGUGUGGGUUGAGCUAUGCGCAUGGCCAUAUUGAGCAGAGGGCCGUCCUCGUCGGCAUGAGCUUCCCCAGUUCGACCUGA